AGGAAUGGCAGCUCCAGAAGGAUCUGCUGAAGGAGGAGAAAGCUGACCUUACCCAGGCACUGGCAAAGGGAAGGGAGUGUGUCUAUUGGCUGCUACAGAGGCGUGGUGCUCUUCUGUGCCUCACUGAAGCAACAGCGAUUUGCCACCAGCCCGAGUCAGCUAGCAGGGGUCUGGAGCAGCUGCUCCAGGACUUCUCUUGCCAAGGGCACACCCUGGCCCAGGUGACCAGAGAGAAGAAGUUGCUGGUGCAUGAGAGGGCUGCCCUAGAGGCCCAAGUGGCAGCCAUGGAGCGGGACCUACAAGGCCUUUCAGAGCAGCUGGCAGAGGCCAGGUCUGCGAAGGAGAGCGUGCAAUGCAGCCUCUUUGAGGCUCAGCAGCACGUUUCUCAGCUGGAGAUGGUCAGGAGUCGCCUGCAACUCCAAGUUCACACAGUCACGCAGGCCAAGGAGGUGAUACAAGGGGAUGUCAAGUGCCUUCGGCGUGACCUGGAAGCACAGAGAUCCCUCAUGAAGUGGGAACGGGAAGAGGUGGCACAACAGCUGCAGUGGACAGAACAGCAGUGCAGCCAAAUGCUCAGGCUUUGGGAAUGUGCUCAGGAAGAGGAAAAAAGAAAGCUCCUGCAAAACCUGGCAAGUGAGCUGGAAGGCCAGCGUUUGGAGACACAGGAGCUGCUGAAGCAACAGCAAAACCUUAUGGCAGAGGUAGAAAGGGAGCACGAGAGAACGCUCUUUGAGAUGAUGCAGGAAGCUGCCACUGUGAAAGCUGAACAAGAAAAGCUCCUGCAAGAAGUCGAGCGUGAGAAGACUGCACUGUUGGAGAGGCUCUGCCAGACUCAGGUAGAGCUGCUCCAAACCCAGCAGCAGCUAGGGCAGCUCAGGCAGCAGGUGAAAGAGGAGAGAGAAAAUGGGCAGAACAUCAAGGAAAAGCUGGAAGCAGAGCUGCAGGAAGCUCAGAGUCAGAUGAAGGCAGUGGAGAGGAGGCGAAAGGAAGAAAUGGCAAGACUGCAAGAUGAAAUCAGUCUCCUGCUUCAGCACAGGGAGGCUCUACAAAAGCAGGUCCUGCAAGAAAAGGCACGCGAGAAGACAACUCUCUUGGAGAAGCUGUGCCGGACUCAGGUAGAGCUGCUCCAAACCCAGCAGCAGCUAGAGCAGCGCAGGCAGGAGGCAAGAGAGGAGCGAGAGAAUGGGCAGAUCUACAGAGGCGAACCUGCCAGCAAACCAGUGGCUGCAGCAGCCCCCUCUAACGAAGCCUCCACUCCCCAGCCUGAGAACUCGAGCCCCAGCAGUUCAUCCAGCUCACACCUGGACACAGAGCAGCUGCGAGAGCUAAGAGAGGAGGAGUCCCUGAAGCUGCUGAGGAGCACUGUGAGUGUGGAAGAUCCACUGAAGAAAUACACUGAAUGGGAAAACAUUGGCAAAGGGGGUUUCGGCACCGUGUACAGAGCAUUCGAUGCUGUCACGGGAGGAGAGGUGGCCAUCAAGCUAGUCAAUCUCCAUCAACAGAGAAAAGAGGAACUCCUGAAAGAAAUCCUGGUCUUGAGGGAGAAGAACCACCCCAAUAUUGUUACCUAUGUAGACAGCUACCUUGUCAGUCAGGAGCUCUGGCUGGUGAUGGAGCACAUGGACGGAGGCUCUUUGACUGACGUUAUUAGCGAGACAUGGGUGGCCAUAGGACAGAUAGCAGCUGUCUGUCGGGAGUGCCUGCAGGGACUGGCUUUCCUUCAUUCCAACCGGGUCAUCCACAGAGACAUCAAAAGCAACAACAUUCUUCUGGGCCUGGAUGGAGCGGUGAAGUUGGCUGAUUUUGGCCUCUGUGCUCAGCUCAGCCCUGAGCACAGGAAACGGAGCUCCAUGGUCAGGACUGUUUACUGGAUGGCCCCUGAAGUUGUGAGAAGCCAACCCUACGGCCCCAAGGUGGACAUCUGGUCUCUCGGCAUCGUGGCAAUAGAGAUGCUGGAAGGAGAGCCUCCUUACUUUAAGGAGAGCCCUUCCAUGGCUCAAGACCUGAUAGCCAGAGAAAGGACACCACAGCUGCAGAACCCCUGGCUACACUCCUCUCUCCUGCAUGACUUCCUGAACUGCUGCCUGCAGAGGGACGGGGAGAGGCGAGCGUCUGCCCAGGAACUUCUGCAGCAUCCAUUCCUACAAUCAGCCGAGCCUCUAUCCAGGCUGGUUCCUGUGAUCAUUGCAGCGAAGCAGUCGAGGGAGUACAGGAGAUAACAAGACCAUUUCUGGACGGCUUUCUUGAGUGGGACUCAGAAUAAAAACUCGAUGGAAAGUCCCAGUUCUGCGGUAUUUGGUAUGGUCUGGAAUUGGGAAGAGUCUCCUUCCUUGAUCAACUCCACAGUGAACUGAACAGAACGGAACUGAACUGAAGGAAGGGAGGGAGGGAGAGAGGGCUGGGGGAGGCGGGGGAG